CCGCGGCAGGCUGCUCAAUCGAGGACUGGAAUACUCAAUGGCCAUGGCUUGUCGUCUGUCGGCCCAUGAGGGAAAUAUUCUAAAUUGUGUAGUUUUAUUAGGUUAAGUUACAAAUUAGCAAAGACAUAUUUAUUAUUAACUUUUUUAUUCGACGGUUGUUAGAAAACUUUACUGACGUAAUCCUUGAUGAAAGAUAGAGCGUAUAUUGUUAAAUAAAGUAGUAGCACGCUAAUGUUAUGUGUGUGUGACAAGGCAGAUAGCUUAAGAGCUAAUUUAUUCAGUGGUCGCCGAGCGAUAUACAGUAUUAAUGGAAAGAUAUGCUGAAUUGGAAGUUUGCUAGGAUUACUGCAUUGAUGUUGAUAGUCGUACCACGGCGCACAGAGAUGAUAAGGCACAACUGGCAGUGAGUUUGAAACAGUGUGCUAAGCUAACUAGCUAGCUUUGUUUAUAACGUACAGGAGGUAGCCACGUAGUAAUCUAUAUCCAGUCCUAAGUCCUACGUGUAAUAUUACCACGCGUUAAUUUGCCAGAAGUCUAUUAGGUAAUCAGCAAAAAACUCGAUCUAGAAUCCAGACGCACGCAUUUUGGUCCGUGGUACUGAGAUGUUAUAAACCGGAGCCUCGCGUGCUUCCGGGUUAGAUGUUGCAUUGAGCAGAUGAUGAAGCGAGUCAUCUGGGUGAUAUCAGGACUAAACCGAAGGAUGAUGAAGCUUCUGGUCGCCCUCGCGUUGAUCGCCUACAUUGCCUCUGUCUGGGGGACGUAUACCAACAUGAGAUCCAUACAGGAACAUGGAGAGAUGAAAAUUGAGGAAAGGAUUGAUGAGGCGGUUGCUCCCCUGAGGGAGAAGAUCCGGGAUCUGGAGUUGAGUUUUUCUCAGAAAUACCCUCCUGUGAAAUUCCUUUCAGAGAAGGAUCGGAAAAGGAUUCUGAUCACUGGUGGGGCCGGCUUUGUGGGCUCCCACCUGACCGACAAGCUGAUGAUGGACGGCCACGAGGUGACGGUGGUGGACAACUUCUUCACCGGCCGCAAGAGGAACGUCGAACACUGGAUCGGCCACGAGAACUUCGAGCUCAUCAACCACGACGUGGUGGAGCCCCUCUACAUCGAGGUGGACCAGAUCUAUCACCUGGCUUCUCCUGCAUCUCCUCCCAACUACAUGUACAACCCCAUCAAGACCCUGAAAACCAACACUAUUGGCACCCUCAACAUGCUGGGGUUGGCGAAGCGAGUUGGAGCCCGUCUUUUGCUGGCAUCUACGUCUGAAGUGUAUGGAGACCCGGAGGUGCACCCCCAGAACGAGGAGUACUGGGGCCACGUCAACCCGAUUGGGCCCCGGGCCUGCUACGAUGAGGGCAAGCGUGUGGCGGAGACCAUGUGCUACGCAUACAUGAAACAGGAAGGAGUGGAGGUGAGGGUUGCACGCAUCUUCAACACCUUCGGAUCGCGGAUGCACAUGAAUGAUGGCCGCGUGGUCAGCAACUUCAUACUGCAGGCGCUGCAGGGAGAACCGCUAACUGUUUAUGGUAGUGGAUCCCAGACAAGAGCCUUUCAGUAUGUGAGUGAUCUUGUUAAUGGUCUGGUCUCGCUGAUGAACAGCAACAUCAGCAGCCCAGUCAAUCUGGGGAAUCCAGAGGAACACACCAUAUUACAAUUUGCUGAGCUCAUCCGUAGUCUGGUUGUGAGCCGCAGUCACAUCCAGUUCCUUCCGGAGGCACAGGACGACCCUCAGAGACGACGCCCUGACAUCCGCAAAGCUAAGAUGAUGCUGGGCUGGGAACCCGUGGUGCCAUUGGAGGAAGGCCUUAAUAAGACCAUCCAGUACUUCAGCAGAGAGUUGGAACAUCAGGCCAACAACCAGUACAUCCCCAAACCCAAGACAGCCCGCCAAAAGAAAGGACGACCCAGACAACACAACUGAUCGUCCGGGAUCAAGGGUCCGACCCAAAGGCCGCUGGAGGACCCAGAACUCCUCAGAGAAAUCUCAGAGUUUGUAGCAAAGAAGAGGAGGACAUGGCACUCCUGUGUCUUCUGUUGUUUAUCACCGUGGAGUUUUGGGACGAGAUAUGAAGAGAAACACUAGAACUCCACAUGGUCCUCCUGGGGGGGUGUUUUCGGACGGCAGACGUAACACAAUGAAAGAAGAGAAUUGCAAAGUGAAGAGGGGGAAAAAAAGGUUUUGGACACCCAGUCUUGCACUCUGGGUUCUUUGCCAAUAGACGCUUUUGUUAUUUAAGAGCCUCAGAGAAGCAUCGUUCCUGAGUUGUUCCCACUGUGUUACUUGUUUUGUUCGGUUGACGUGAUUCAUUUUCCUGUGUGCUUUGUUUUGUGUCUCUAAAAUACGACCGCUUGUUUUCCCGCCAUGCCCCCAUGGGGAGGAGGGGUACAUCGUUCUGUUCAGAGCCUCAGAGGGGUGGUCGGCCCUCCUACAUUUAUCCUGGUGCCGUGGGCUCUAAACCCACACACGAACACCUCCCAGAAGUGUGUCCUCAUGGUGUUGCGUGUCUUGGUUUUAUCCGAGCUUCCUUUGGUGAAAGCUCUGCUGUCAAUCAGGAAAUCAUAUAUAAUCCAUUUCAGGUGAAGAUGCUAUUUUAAUAAAAUAUUUCCAGUAAACGUC